AUGAUUCGAUUACUAAAAACAAUUGAUUUUUCAAAAUAUAAUAAAAGAACAUACAUUAUUUCCUCAGGCGAUUUUUUAAGUAAAGAAAAAGUUAAAAAAUUGGAAGCAGAAAAAUUAUCUACAAUUAAACAUACAGGAAAAUAUAAUAUAAAAGUUAUUCCACGAGCACGUCAUGUGGGUCAAUCAUGGUGUACUACACCAUUUUCUUCAUUAUUAAGUCUUAUAUUAUGUUUAAAAAUAUUUUUCUGGAACAAAUUAGGAAGACCUGAUCUUCUCUUGUGCAAUGGCCCAGGAAGUAGCGUGAUAAUAUGUUUAAGUGCUAUAAUUAUUGAAGUAUUUGGAUUUAGACGUCCUGAUAUUAUAUUUAUAGAAUCAUUUGCUCGUGUAAAAUCGUUAUCACUUUCUGGAAAACUAUUACUAUUUUUUGCUGACAGAUUUAUUGUUCAAUGGCCAGAUUUAAUAAAAAAAUACCCACAAACAGAAUAUUAUGGUAUUUUGAUAUGA